AUGAGGCUGCAUGCUGGAGCCAGGCUGCUCCUGCUGCUGUGGGUGAUCCGCUGUGCAUAUGCGCAGAUGAAAAGAUAUGCAUCGAUUGUUGAGGUGACCAACGGCGGUACCUGGGGUGACUGGGCCUGGCCUGAGAUGUGUCCUGACGGGUUCUUUGCCAGCGGGUUCUCCAUCAAGGUGGAGCCCCCUCAAGGUAUUCCUGGAGACGACACGGCCCUGAACGGGAUCCGGCUGCACUGCACGCGAGGGAAUGCCCUACAAAACACCCACGUUGUCGAGUCCCAGUCUGGAAGUUGGGGCUCAUGGAGCGAGCCUCUGUGGUGUCCUGCCACUAGCUUCCUAGUGGCCUUCUCCCUUCGAGUGGAGCCAUUUAAUUUUCCCGGGGACAACACUGCGGUGAACAACGUGCGCGUCCGUUGCUCGGCCGGCGUGGAGCUGGAGGGGCCCGGGCUGAGCUGGGGAGACUAUGGAGACUGGAGCGACUCGUGUCCCAAAGGUGUGUGCGGGCUGCAGACCAAAAUCCAGAAGCCCAGAGGCCUCCGCGACGACUCUGCGCUUAAUGACGUCAGGAUGUUCUGCUGUAACAGCUGA